AUGACCCAGCUGUGCCUGUGGGUCCCAUGGCUCCUCUUUGUGUGGCAACCUUUGUGGUCCACACAAACCUUUUUUUGCCAAGGUUUGGUCCAGGCCACCAAACCUUGGCAAACGACCCAGGACCCAGUCCAGCUGACUUUUGACUCCUCAGGGCUCUCAGAGUCCUCGGUUUCACACUUCUCUGAUCACCCUCCUAGAUCACCCGAUGGCCUCACAGGGCCAGCAGAUCCUGGGGCCUUUGAUUACCUGGCCUCUUCUACUGCCUCACCAGCUUUGAUCCUGCCUAAAGAGUUGACUGAGGGUUUGGUUCCAUUCUUGGACUCGAAUUCUGCUCAAGAGCUGCCCCCACAACCAGAUCACCUUGAAGUUAUGUAUCAGGAUCUGAAUGACAAGCAACAUUGGCAACAAAGGCUCCCUAAUGUAGUUCACAUGCCAGAUGGAGAUAUGCCUCCUCGACUCAGGCAUAAGAUGGAAACUGCAGGUCUAGAUCAGGCUGUGGAUCAGUCAUUUGAAACAUUUGUUCCAACUCUAGAUAGUCUGAGCUCAAAGGCAACCAAGUUGAUUGUUUCACCUCUGAAGUUGAAGAAGGAUCUAGCUCAGCAUCAGCAACUUGCUGAGCUUGCUGGGAUGCCAGGCCAAUCUGCAAAGCCUCAGCGUCCAGAGCCAAUUCUGCAGGAUGAUUAUGAACAUCCUAGCGUGGAUACAGUUUAUCCUGGCAUUAAACCUCUGGAAUUCCAGGUGAACCCACGUGAGCUGCGGGAGUCCUCUGAGCAAAUGGAACCAUCUCAAUUUCAGCUAGAGGGCCACUCCUUUUCACUCCAACAAGAAGCCCCAGCUCAACAUCUACAGCACCUUGAAAAGGAAUACUAUCCCUCAACUCAGGAGGAGGCCCCACCUCAAAAACAACAGGCCCCUGAGGAGGCAAAACUUUCUUUAACUCAACGGAUGGCUUCAGCUCAGAAUCAAGUUGUUCCUCAAGUUGGAGGUCAGUCAUCAGUGCACCAUGAAGUGAACGCUCCAUCUCAAGGUCCAAAGGAAGAUCUCCACUCAGAUUUGCCCAGUGUCACAGCUAAACCAGCAGACACGGAGCUUACAGUAACACCAAAGGGACGUAAGGAUGCUCAUCCUAUUCUAAACCAGCAUCAGACCACAGCAUAUACUGAAGGGCACCAUGAGGAGAUGAAAUCUUCCUCAAGUCAAUCAAGAGCCCUGCAUGCGACCCCACAGGUCCCUGAGUUGGUGAGAUCUUCAACCCAGUCAGCGGGCCAAGUUGAAGUACUAAAGUCCCUGUUGGAGAAAAUAGCUCCGACCCCACUGGGUUUUGAGGCACAAGUUCAGCCUCAAAGUCAGGAUCAAACUCAUUAUCAUGUUCCCAAUGUGACAUUUAAGCCUACAGAUAUGGGGGUUCCCAUAACUUCAGAGACUACCAAAAAAGUUGAAUCUUCUUCAACCAAGAAAGUGAUCUUAGCUCAGAUUCUGCAAGUUACUAUGGAGGGAAAACCUUCUCCCAGUAAAGGGAAGGUACUAGAGCAUUAUGCUGAGUCUCCUAAACAGGCUAACCUUUUAGAUAAGUAA